CUACUUCUUCUGUUUAUUUCUGUUGAGCAGAGCCACCAUCGCAUCAGAUCGGCUUCUACUUUUCUUCCACUACAUUAGGAAAUGGGUACCGCUGCCAAGUCUACAAACUCUCUUGCUUUCUUCUUCAAUCAUUUGCUUAACGAUCCUCAUCAUUGUCAUGCAAGGGUUUCUUUAAAUGCUCAAAUUUUUUGUUAUUAUCGUUGUCGUAGUUUUAGUGCUACUUCUGCUAACACUACCAAUGGUGGUAGAGAUAAUGUGGAAAGCCCCAAUUAGUUCUUGAAAUCUGUGAGAGAUCGGUGCAGAUCUGGAAGCUUUAGGAAUCUGGAUGAUGCCUUGGGCUUGUUUGAUAGAAUGCUUCACAUACACCCUUUGCCUUUCAUUGUGGAUUUUAAUCAAUUGCUGACUGCAAUUGCAAGAAUGAAGCAUCACUCAACUGUUAUUACUUUGAUUAAAGAAAUAGAAAUGUCAGGCGUUGCUCCCAACGUUUAUACUCUGGGAAUUCUGAUUAAUUGCUUCUGCCAUUCGAAUCGGGUGGAUUUCAGCUUCUCUAUCUUAGCUAGAAUUUUGAAACUUGGUUUUCAACCAAACUGUAUAAUUCUUAAUACUCUUGUCAAGGGGCUUUGUCUUCAGGGUAAAAUUGUUGAAGCUGUGAAGUUGGCUAACAAAAUAGAAAAAAUAGGCUACAAACCUAAUUCAGUUACCUACGGAACAAUAAUGAAUUGUUUGUGUAAAAUAGGUAAGACCAGCGAAGCUAUUGGGUUGCUUAGGAAGAUGGAGGAAGGAAAUCUUAAUGUAGUGAUGUAUAACACAAUUAUUGAUAGUUUAUGCAAGGACAGAUUGGUAACUGAAGCUUUAAACUUUUUAUCCGAAAUGAAAAAUAGAGGAAUUCAGCCAAACGUUUUCACUUACAAUUCUUUAAUUCAGGGCCUAUGCAAUUUCGGCCGGUGGAAGGAGGUAACUAAACUAUGGACGGAGAUGGUUGAAAGGAAAAUUAUGCCAAGUGUAAAUACAUUCAACAUAUUGGUAGACACAUUUGGCAAAGAAGGGAUGUUGAAAGAGGUAAAAGAAGUCUUUGAUGUGAUGAUUCAAAGAGGGAUAGAGCCCGACACAAUCACUUACAAUUCUUUGAUUGACAAUUACUGUUUGCAAAAUAGAAUGGAUGAAGCUUUCAAAGCCUUUAAUACGAUGGUUGAGAAGGGUUGUUCGCCUUCUGUUGUUAGCUAUAGCAUAUUGAUCCAUGGAUAUUGUAAGAAUAGAAAAGUUGAUGAGGCACUAAGUCUCUUUCUUGAAAUGUCUAACAAUGGAAUAAUUCCAAAUGUUGUCACUUACAACACUCUUAUGGGCGGGUUUUGCCGAGUUGGGAGACUUAAUAAUGCAUUUGAGCUACUGCAUGAGAUGCAAGGUUGUGGCCAACAUCCUAAUUGCCAAACUUAUGCUAUUUUGUUAGAUGGCUUGUGUAAGAAUCUACGCUUUGAAGAGGCAAUGACAUUGUUUCAUGAAAUGGAAGACAAAAAGUUAGACCUUAAUAUUGUAAGUUACACCAUCUUGAUUGAUGGUAUGUGUAAUGCUGGGAAACUUACGACUGCAAGAGAACUCUUUAAUACUCUUCCUACGAAAGGCUUGCAACCUAAUGUUCGGACUUACACUAAAAUGAUCAAAGGGCUUUGCAAAGAGGGACUACUAAAGGAAGCGAGGGUGCUAUUUGAGCAAAUGGAGGAAAAUGGUUGUUCACCUGACCAUUUCACAUAUAACACAAUCAUCCAAGGCUUCUUGCAACAUAAUGAGACAUCAUGGGUAGUGAAAUAUAUCAAGAUGAUGGUUGACAAAGGUUUUUCGGCAAAUGCGACCACUGCGACCAUUUUGAUCAACUUGUUGUCUACUAAUCAGGGAGAUAAAACAUUACAAGAUUUUUUUUCAAAAAUUUGUGUGAAAGCUUUCUAGUUCUUCAACAUGCAGAACAAAAUUUCAUAUUCUAACCUUUACAGUGCUAAUCUGUAAGGUACAAACAUAUUUGUUGCAAGUCAUUAAGUUAAUAUUUUCCUUCAUGUCUUUUGGACUAUUGUUGUGUAUUGCUAUUCCUAUUCUG